AUGUCCCAACUGGGCCAGAACGAGCUGGACGGGUCCGAGAGCUCGCAGCAUCCGUGCCACUGCUCAGCCAUCUCCAGCAUGGACUCCGUCCGGGCCCAGAGAGACAGGAUCGAGAGGAGUCUCGGCAGCACCAGGGCAACCACAUCCCAGGACCUCCCCCGGGGCCUGGAGGCCCUGCAAAACGCAUUCGAGCCCAUGAGGAGACUGGACCCGGGACCCAGCCUCCAGGAGGAUCAGCAACACUCGCUGGACUCGUCUCGAAAUUCAGAAAUCCUGAACCAGCAGCUACAGGAGAAUCCAUCCCCGAACUCGAGAUCCAACGAGCACCAAGGAUCCAUCCUGACCCACCAUGGACGAGGGAUCACCUGCACCCCAAGGAAUCUGGACCUGUCGAGGAACCUGGCCUUCGAGGCGGCUCGCAGGGUGCAGGAAUCCUCCGGCAUCCAGGAAUCCCAGCAUGGGCCGACGCCCAGUCCUGGACCCUUGAUGGACCCUUCCCCAGGGAUGCAGGAACCACGUCAGAGCGAUUUGGAAGGGCAACUCGAGGACCAACGACAAGGCCCCGCCAAAGACAAAGUCAAGGACGUCCAGCAGAUCCUGGGUCCCUAUCAACACCACCAUGAGUCCAGCAGGAACGUGCACGACCAUUUCCUCAGCGAACCCCAUGCCCACGUCCACAAACAUCCCGAGAACUUCAGGACCUCCAGCAUGGACGGUGGAGAGGGAUUGAUGGAGUACCAGCACCGGCAGCACCAUCACCACCAUGGGAGCGCGAAGAUGCCUGGGGGUGUCCAUCAUCACGGGGGAUCCUCCAUGAACCAGAGCCUUCAUUCCCAUGGAGGACACUCGCUGAGCGGUCAUCACCACGUCCAUGGGAAUCCCAUGUGCACGAGUACCACCAGCUCGAUCCCCAUGAACGGACCAGGCUCCCCGGUGCAUCGCCACCAUGGACCCAACGGGGCCAACUCCAACUCCAGCUUGAUCAUGCACGACGCCUCGCCCACCAGUCAUCGCAGGUUGAACCUGACCGGUCAUCACCACUCUGCGAGUAACCCUUCAGGGUUUGAACCUGGUCACCUGCACCCCACGUCGGGGGCUCUUAGCGGAACCUCGUCGUCCUCCAGCUUGAUGAACCAUGGUGGGUCCCCGACCAUGCACCGCCACGUGGGACCGGGAACCAAUCUAUCAACGACCCCAUUGAUCGGUCAUCGACGAGGGAGCUCGUCGGCCAGUUUGACCGGGUUGUCUUCGGGAAAUCACCAUCACGUGAGUUCUGGGAUCUCGUGCGAAUCCUCCUCGUCUACCGCCAACACCAGGACGCAUAGUAGAUUGGACCACGUGCACGAUCUUCAUCAUCGGCAUCACCAUCCCCAGACUGGACACGCGCAUGGAAGUGGACCGGAAACGAGGCAGAGGACUCCAUCCGGCCUGGACCUCCGUCAUCAUCAUGGGCACGUGUAUGAUCAUGGUCAUCCCCAUGGGCAGGCCGGCGAGACCAAGAAUCCCCCUCUCAUGGCCGUCAAUGCUCUUCAGGUAACUCCUGCCAAGGGCAAGUGCCAGUGCCACGCGAUGCAGCAGAGUUCGGGGAGCAAGAGAGGACCCGAUGGAGAAGCCGAAGGCGGAGUGGACGUCGCGUCUAGGACCCAUCAACCUCCGGCAUUACCACCUAGACCACCUCCUAGACCAACGAGACGUUACGAUACCUCAACCUCAAACGAACGACACGCGGGGGAGGGAGGAUGCUGCAGAAAAUACGUGAUCCUGUGCUGCCUUUGCGGAGGAUUAAGUGCAGCCGUUGGCAGUCUCUUCCUGGCAGUGCAUGCUGUCCUCUCGGCGCAUACCGCCAGUUUGGCGCUUUUCGAAACCGUACCAUCUUACAUCCCAGGGACCAUGCUCAUCCUGAUGGGCCUCUUCACCAUGCUCCUGGCGAGGCGGAAGCAUCGCUACGGUCUCCUGAUGAAGGUCUGCGGCUCCGUAGGGGUGGUUUGCGCCCUCGUAUGCGUCCUGGUCACCGUCACGACCACCGUCGUCCACAUGUCCAGGUUGCAGGGUCUUCGAGAAUGCAUCUACACGGCAAGGGCGAGGUCCUGCACCUGUUACGGGACGCCGCAGACCAGGAAGGACCCAGGAGUCCUGUUCGAGGGGACUCCUGACUGCGAGGCAGUGCACGGAGCCCUGUAUGCGUGCCUCAGGGCUCUCUUCGGGGUCUCCGUCGCCGGCAUCCUCGCUUGCAUUUUCUCCUGCAUGCUGGUGUACCAGUUGCUGAGCCACGAGAAGAAAAAGAUGUACUGGGAGCAGUUGGAGCUGAGGUGCAGGUCCCUGUAUGCGCAGGGAGGCACGGUUGGUCCAGCAGCCACCAGCUGUGGAUGCUGCAACGACUGCGGAGGAGCUGGCCCCUGGUGGGCGCAGACUCCUGGCAACCUGUACACGCCCAACCCUGACAUGGCACCCUCAAGGAGGUGGAGGCUACCUUGGUCGCGUUCCAGAGGACCAGCUCCAAGUCCCGACUCGAACUACGGUUUCCACACCCAGUCUCGACAAACCGAAACCAGUGCAGACAACGCGACUGGACCUUACAGCGUCCUAAACACCCAAUCCGGAAGUCCGUACUCGGUUUUGAACUCCCAAAAUGGAGCGUACACCCCAAAUGCGGCGUCUUACAGUGUCCUGGAGACGCCAGUGCCUCUAUGGGGUCCACCUCCACCUUACAGCGACCCUAAUAGUCCUGCAAGAAGGCCACAGGUGCCAGAGCCCAGGCCAAGGGUCGCCAAGAGGAUGGAGAAUUUCGAGACCGGCGAUGUGGACCACAGGCCGAGGCCGACCAAGCGGCCGACCGACAAUUAUGAGAAUGCUGAGGAAAUUUCCAACAGCACGGACCCGGAGGGGGGCAACGAGGGCACCAUGAAGAGCAGAAGAGCCAGGAAGCCCUUGAAGGGGGUCGAAAAUGGCGCCUUCCAGCAGGAGGCGAAUCCUGCCUCGAAACAGUCCGAGAGCGAACUCUAUUUCGGGGACGUGUCGUCCUGCUGCGGACCCGAGAGCAGCUUCUACGACCUGGCUGUGGACAAAGAAGGCGUGGAGCACUCGGAAGGGGUGGAUUACCUGGCGGCGCACCUGGGGAAGCGACAGCUGUCGAAACGGUCCAGAUUGCCGUUGCCGUUAUCCUCGGAUGGUACCGAUCAUCCCUCUGAUAAUUAUGCCAACGGAGACGAGCCCAGGACUUCCAGGGGCCCCUUUUUGGCACCCGAUGCUCAGUACGAAGUCAUUCAACAGGGUCGCUACACUUACUACAGUCCCCAAAAUGGCGAGGACCUCCAAAGUGGACCCGCCACUUCUUCCUACUUCAGGGAAGAGGAUCCCGACAGAGGCAGGGAACGGGAUUACAGGGAUUACAGGAACAACUCCGAAGAGGAGACUCCCCAGUGUUGCAUGAGCGACUCCGCCACGCUGGAUUCUGGAUGGCAAAGUGGAGAACAGCAACAAUCGGACGACAAUGUUCGACCGGUGAACGUGUAG